CACAAAAGGGGUGGGAGGAUGUUAAAAGUAGAAGUUAUGUGUCUUUUUUCCCCAUGUAUUUUAAAACUCCUUCCAACUUUCUCUGUGUAAAGUUGCUCCAAUCAGAGUUGGACAGCGUGGAGAGCAACGAGGUGUGGACGAUUGUCCGUUGUGAAUAUUAUACUACGAGUUGAGAGUCUGAACCGAGAGGAUCGUUAUUUCAUCUCUGGUCAAUAAAAAGUUUUGAUUAAUUAAAAAUCCCUAGGUGGAGAACACUUUAAUUUAAUCAUUACAAGUAUAACUUAUGUCACUCUCAUCACAAUUGCACUUGACCAGGAUUCUAAUUCCGUAUUAUUAGCUAGCUGGUAGUUAGUUAGAUAAUACAACACAUACCGAUUUUCAGAAAUUGUCGUAAAAAUCAGAAAUUCGGCACGGUGAUACCUAAUGACUUCUCAUGAAAGAAUAUGAAGUUGAAAUUGAGCAAAUUGUACCCAGGUUGACGUUCCCAAUAGUUCCCAUACCGGUUUUUAGAAGUUGCUAUUUCAGCUGAAGUUUGGUAAGGAGGCUAAAAUGGCUUCUGCGGAACAAAUAUAACUUAAUAUUUAAAAGAAGUGAGCCCCCUGGUUCUGGUGAACAAGGGGGACACACUGAUGGUUUUUAUUUCUUUGUUUUUCCAAAAUUUUUUCAUUCAACAAUAGGAUUUUACACAUUUAUCGUUGGCAUAUUUAUUGGGCUGCACAUUUAUCGGACUGCACAUUUGUUGUUUACAUUAGUGUACUAGUGUACAUAUUGUGUAUGUACAUCUGUCGGAUGUACACAAUCCGAAAUGAUGUCAGACAAUUUUAUGGUUUAGAUUAAUUUGUAAUCAAUUAUAUAACGAAUCAUUCGCAAUAUAAAACUACUAAAUUUUGACGCAUUUCAUCGGCAAUCAGAAUUGACUCAGAAUACCUAACACAGCCACAGAUUAAUUCAGUACUUCAUUAUGUUGUCUCUCAAAACUGUAUUAUUAGGUCAAUGCUAAUCUUGAACUGAAUUUGAGCUUUUAAGGACGAUAUCUAGGAAACCUGUGUAGUUAGUUGUCGUGCAUUUAUUUUAUUGUAUUCCAGUCACGGUAUGAGGAAUUGAGGACUGGAUAAUCAAUUUGCAAUAUUCAAUCGAUGAAACAUUGCUGAAAUACAGGCACAAACCUUUUUACCCCAAAAAUGUUCCUUCUCGCCAUCCUACUUUUCAUACUAGGAAUUUCUUCAAUUAUUUUGAAAAAGUUACAAAUAUCUUACUUCGAAAAAGUGGCUAGUUGGAGGAACUGCCUUAUUUUCUGUAUCAUCUUACUUUUCCUUGGAACUAUAUAUAUCCAACAAUUCAAGAAUGAAGACAAAGGUAAUGCGGUGAGGCCGAGGCCAAUUCUAAGGCAAAAUUCAAAAAAUAUUGCAGCACCAUUAAAAUCUGAGAGUCCAACAUUUAAGCAUGACAUCACCAUCCACGACAAAUGGAUUGUUGUCACAUCAAUCUCUCAACCAACACCCCAAGUUGAAAAGUUAUCACAAAUUGCAGGAUUUAAACUGGUUAUCGUCGCGGAUAUGAAGACUCCAUUAAACUGGACCUUCUCAAAUCCAGACACAGUUUUUCUAUCGACUGAAACACAACUUCAGCUUGGUUACAAAGUGUUGAAAUACUUACCGUGGAAUUCAUACACGAGAAAAGUGAUUGGAUACUUGUAUGCAAUUGAGCAUGGGGCGCAAGUAAUAUACGACACAGACGAUGAUAAUGCUCCCGAUGACUUGGCUCAUUUUGCGAACCAUUUCGCAUUCCAUGCUAAAUCUAUAACGAGAGGUUUACUUGUGACAAGCCCAAACCACACCGAACUUGAUCACAACCUCUUAAAAAAUCCGUAUGCCCACUUUGGUCAAACUUCCGUAUGGCCGAGAGGCUACCCUUUGGAGCACAUUGGUCUUCCUCAUUCUAACGUCUACACGCUUUGUUCCAACCUUUCCACUCCGUUAAUUCAACAAGGCCUAGUUAACGGGGACCCCGACGUAGAUGCUAUUUUCAGACUUUCUCGAAAGAAAUACUAUUCCCCACUUGAAAUUACCUUUGACACCUUCGCCCCGCCUGCGAUCUAUCCUCCAGGAAUAUUUGCUCCGUUCAACUCUCAAAAUACGGUAUUCCUGUACAACGCCCUGUGGUCACUACUUCUCCCAACGACGGUCGCCUUUAGAGUCACAGAUAUAUGGCGUGGAUACUGGGCGCAACGCCUGCUUUGGGAGCUUGACAGUCAUCUCGGGUUUUAUUCUCCGCACACAAUCCAACUCAGAAAUGCUCACAAUUAUCUAAAGGAUUUUGCAGAAGAGGAUCAGAUUUACAAACAGACGGGACAUUUAGUGAAGCUCUUGUCCGAGUGGGAAUGUCCUCAAAAAGAUUCUUUUUUCGGAUGCAUUGUUGCUCUGACGGAACACAUGGCAGGGAAUGAAAUGUGGGGGUUUGAAGAGGUAUCCCUGGUGCAAGCUUGGCUUGAAGAUUUGAAAUCGGUCGGUUAUAAGGAGCCAGAACGUGGACAACAAUGGAAACGGAAUACUAAUUCUUCAAAAAUACCUUCUCAAGGGACCCUCGCUAUUUUCAAUGGUGUUGAUACGACAGUUAAUGUUCGAGAGGAUUCAGUGGUGAAAUUAACAAGUUUCUGCAACUUUACAGUACCUCCAGCCUCACUGAAUUCCUCCGCAAACGAUACCAACAAUAUGAGACACGCAGCACCAUUUGCUUCAACCCUUUUAAUUGUGACGUUCAAUAUUCCACAUUACAGCAACAUUCCUCUCCUUGAUUACAUAUAUCGACCCUUUUAUCCCAACAUUCUGUAUUGCGGAGAUCUUAAAAGUGCGAAAGAGCUGGAAAACAUUACUUCUCCCAUCUCGUUCGUCCACGCCCCCAUUUCCAACGGGUAUUUCGCAUAUGAUUGCGCCUUGAAAGCGAUCGAGAUGAGCUAUUCUUCCGGUAUCACAUCGUACUUUGUUCUCUCGGACGACAUACUCCUCAACUUUUGGAACUUCGAGAAGCAAGAAGUCAUAAAUAUUCUUGACCCCGAUGAAAUGUGGGCUUAUCGAGAUCACUUCACCGAUAUUGAUACCGCAGUUCCGUACAAUUCUACUGUUUGGGGAGGAUGGGGCUGGUGGAGGGGGCCGUAUGGGUUAAAUGCAACGAUACAAGCGUUGCAAGCUAUUUACUCUAGUGAUGACGCUAACGUCGAAAAAUAUAGGAAAAACAGGGCAGAAUUUGGCAUAAACGAAACUGCAGGGACGUACGGAGAAUCUGACAUUUUUCAAUUGCCUACGAGUAAACAAGAAAUUUUCUAUGCGGUGGGAAACAUUUUACUAGAAUCAAAAGUAUUUUUAGAGAUUGCGGUCCCCUUCUUGGUAAACGGAAUUUCGCCUCGGGAAAGGGUGGGAAACAUGUCCGGUCUUAUUUUGUGGGGUGGACAGCGGGACACGGCAUUAGACCAGUUUAAAGAUGAAACUAUAUUAAUACAUCCCCUUAAAUUGAGUGCCGUUGUGAGUGACGCUGGGAUUAGAGGAAAAUAUUGUGACAAGUAUGUCCGACGAGUUUUAAAUAGUUAUUAAACUCGUAUAAGAAUUUUUAAACUAAGUGAACAACAUAAGAACAUGUGUAAUCAGAGAAUUUUUGACUUCCUAUCAAGAUUUAAUAGUUCGCAAAAUCAAUAUGCAAAUAAUAACAUAUUUCAAAAGAGCCUACAGAUACUUAUCUGCUUAUGUGCAUACGUACAUAGAUACUACAUAAAAUGUAUGCACAUGUUCCUAAAAGUACUUGUAUAUGUAAUCAAGGCUGUGUACGGUUAUUGUACUUAUGGAGAAAAGUAUAAAAGGAUGCUGCCAGAUACCAAUUUUUUUGUACAUACUCUAUUUAUAAUCUAUUUAUUUAUUUUAUAAUCAUAAUCUAUUUAUUACCAAACUUUUGGUUGUAAGCUACAUAUCUAUUAAUAUGAAUGAUGAAUAAAAAUACCUGGGUUGACUACUUUACAAA